AUGCGAGAGUAUAUCAAGCUGGGUCACAUGAAGGAAGUUAAUGAGAAACCAAAGACAAAGGUAUAUUAUUUGCCGCAUCAUGCAGUUAUUAAAGAAGACAGCACGACAACAAAACUUCGAGUGGUGUUUGAUGCGUCCGCAAAAACGACAUCAGGACAAUCACUGAACAGUAUUAUGAUGACAGGUCCUACAUUACAAAAGGAUUUAUUCAUUCUAUUAUUGCAGUUGAGAAUGUUUAAAAUAGUUUUUACGGCUGACAUUGAAAAAAUGUAUCGGCAAAUACUGAUUCAUCAUGAUGAUAGAGAUCUUCAACGAAUUUUAUGGAGAAACGAUCAGAAAAAACCAAUAAAAGAAUACAAAUUGAACACGAUUACAUAUGGUACUGCAUCAGCACCAUAUCUUGCCAUCAAGACGUUGUUUAAGCUAGCAGAAGACGAGAGAAUUAAUUAUCCUUUGGCAAGUGAAACCUUAAAUGAAAAAUUUUAUGUAGACGAUUGUUUGGGAGGCGCUAAUACGAUUAAAGAGUGUAAACAAGUACAAGAAGAAUUAAUCCAAUUAUUGCGGAAGGGAGGUUUUAAUUUAAGAAAAUGGGCAUCAAACGAACCGGAAAUGUUGACGAAUAUCCAGAUAAAAGACAUUGAACCAGGGUUAGAGAUGCAAUUUAACAACGACCAAGCGAUUAAAAUUUUAGGAAUAAAAUGGUGUCCUAAAUUGGAUCAAUUUGAAUUUAAAAUAAAUACCACGUCAUUCAGCUCAAAAUACACAAAAAGAGCAAUUCUAAGUGAUGCUGGAAAACUAUUCGAUCCAUUUGGUUGGUUGUCACCUGUAACCAUUAAAGCAAAAAUUAUGAUACAAAAAUUGUGGAUGCUAGGAAUUAGUUGGGAUACAGAGAUCCCACCCAAUCUACAGGCACAAUGGGAAGAAUUUAAAUUGAGAUUACCUGCAGUUCAGAAGAUAACCAUGAAAAGAUGGACACAACAUUCAGAGAAUAGUUUAAUCGAGUUACAUGGAUUUGCAGAUGCAUCAGAAGCAGGAUAUACUGCAGUUGUAUAUACAAAGGUUAUCAAUGCAGAAAAGGUUACAAUAUCCCUAGUAGCAUCAAAAACCAAAGUUGCGCCUAUUAAGCAGGUAUCAUUAGCCCGAUUGGAGUUAUGCGCAGCUGUGCUAUUGAUAAAAUGGACUACGUUUGUAGCAAACAGAGUAUCGUAUAUUCAGGAUACGUUUAAGGGGCAAUUUAGAUUUGUUCCAGGAAAAGAUAAUCCAGCAGAUAUUUCAUCAAGGGGAGUAUAUGGUGACAAUCUUAUUUCAAAUAUAUUAUGGUGGCAUGGUCCAAACUGGCUAAUAAAAGAUGAAGGAAAUUGGCCAGAAAAUGAUGAAGUAAUAGAUUUGAAUCUUAUUCCGGAAACCAGAAAAACUGCAGUAUGUACCGUCGUGGACGUUACCAAAGAUGAAAAUAUUAUUAAUCGAUUUUCUUCAUUAAAGAAACUUCUUCGAGUGACAGCUUAUUGUCUUAGAUUCGUUUAUAAUUGUCAUAAAAAGAAAUCCGAAAGAAAGAUCGACAAUCUGUCGGCAGACGAUAUCGAUGCAGCAGAAAUUGUGUUGGUGAAGCAGGCACAAAAAUGUUUUUCAGAUGACAUCAGACGGCUUAAUCUUCAGAAACAAUUAAUGAAAAGUAAUAAGUUGUGUUCAUUAAACCCAUUUGUUGACAGUGCAGGAGUACGAAGAGUGGGCAGCAGAUUAAGAAAUGCAGAUUUAUCUGACAACCAAAAGUAUCCAAUAAUUUUACAUACAACGAGUACUUUGGCCAAGCUCAUAAUCAAUCAGGCGCAUAUUAAUACGAUUCAUGGAGGAUUAAAACUGACGCUUAACUACGUUCGGGAAAAAUUUUGGAUUAUUCGUGGAACAAUCGCUGUGAAAGCUUGCAUCAAUAAAUGUUUAAAAUGUUUUCGAAUAAAGGCAAAAGGACAAUCUCAAUUAAUGGGAAGUUUACCAACACCAAGAAAGAUUCAAAUAGAGAAUCAUCUAGCUGAAACAGGUAUACGUUGGUAUUUCAUCCCUCCUGGCUCACCUCACUUUGGUGGUCUCUGGGAAUCGGGAGUAAAAUCCAUUAAAUAUCAUCUAGCUAGAAUUAUAGGUGACCAAAAAUUGAUAUACGAGGAAUUGAGUACGGUCUUAAUUCAAAUCGAAUGUUGUCUUAAUUCACGGCCACUCUGUCCAUUAACAGACAACAUUGAAGAUCUUAAUGCACUUACACCAGGACAUUUCAUUGUGGGAUCGUCAUUAAUGACUCCAGCUCAUGAUAGUCUUAUUAACUUUACAGAAACUAGCCUAAAAAGAUGGAAGAUUGUGCAGAAAAUAAAGCAAGACUUUUGUAAACGGUUGUUCCAAGACUAUAUAAGAAAUAUUCAACAACAGAGAUACAAAUGGACAAAAUCCAUACCAAAUUUAGAAGUUGGUCAACUAGCAUAUUGA